AUGAAAUCUCAAUUCACGAUUCUUUUGUUCGUUUUUUUGGCAUCGGCCAUAACGCUAGUUUCAGCACAACAGAAUGUCACUGCUUUAUUCCCUGAAGCUGAAGCAGAUAAUAAUAUCUGUAAAGGCAAAACACCCACAAACGGUUUACAAAAUAGGAAUGGAUCGUGUUCUGAUACUGUCCAAGGAGAAAUUCCCGAUGUCGACCAUAUGGUCUCUUCGCUGAUAGUCGAACCUGCAAAUGGUUGUAACUUACCAGCAUUCACAAAUUUCACUGUAAAGAUUUCUACCAUUGGAAUUGUCUCUGGAUUCUUUGACGACCCAACAUCACAAUAUUACACAUUUCCUCAAGUUGUUGAUAAAGAAACUGGAAAUAUUUUUGGUCAUUCACAUGUCACCAUUCAACAAUUGAAUUCUACUACCCUUGCUCCAAAUCCAAAACUUUUUGCAUUCUUUAAGGGGUUGAAUGCACCAGAAGAGGAUGGCCUCUUUUCUCAAGUAGUUGGUAGUGCAGCUAAUAAUGGAUUACCACCAGGUGAAUAUAGAAUCUGUUCGAUGGUUGCUUCGUUUGCCCAUCAACCUACUAUUAUGCCAGUUGCUCAGCGUGGAAGUCAGGAUGAUUGCAUUAGAAUCACAAUUUCAGAUGCAAAAAAGAAACGUAAAGUUUCAAAUAAAAAGAGAAAAGCAUAA